CCCGGGUCAGGCCUGGCAGCUUGGUGACGACAUCCGAGUGAGCGGAGGAGAGUGUCCCCGGACUGGAGAGCGCCGGCCUCGGGAGAGACAUGCGGACUGCGGGGCUGCUGCUCGUCCUGCUCCAGCUGUCCCUGCCCCCACUUCUGGAGGCCAAGGAGUGUGAGAAGGCUUGUGUGAACGGCGUCUGCCAGCCGGGCAGCGGACAGUGCCUGUGUGACCCCGGCUGGACCGGAGAGCAGUGCCAGCACUGCGGGGGCCGCUUCUUGUUAACGGGACCAAGUGGGACUGUGACGGACGGCCCCGGGAACUACAAGUACAAGACCAAGUGCACCUGGCUGAUCGAGGGGCUACCCCAAUCUGUGCUGCGUCUGCGCUUCAACCACUUUGCCACAGAGUGCAGCUGGGAUCACCUGUACGUGUACAAUGGAGACUCCAUCUACGCCCCGCUGGUGGCUGCCUUCAGUGGGCUUAUUGUUCCGGAGAGCGAAGGCAACGAGACGGUCCCCGAAGUCUCCAUUACUUCUAGAUACGCCCUAUUACAUUUCUUCAGCGACGCGGCCUACAACCUGACCGGCUUUAAUAUCAGCUACAGCAUAAACACAUGUCCCAACAACUGCUCAGGACGGGGGAUCUGCAUGCAGGGAAACGACAGCAGUGUGUACUGCGACUGCGCCGAGGAGUGGAAGGGAGAGUCCUGCCACAUCCCCUACUGCAGGGACAACUGUGGCUUCCCCGAGCGCGGAGACUGCAGCGUGAACGGCACCAAGAGCUGCGUGUGCAGCGACGGCUGGCAGGGUCCCGGCUGCUCUAUCCCAGUCCCUGCCAACCAGUCCUUCUGGACCCGGGAGGAGUUCUCCGAUCCUCAGCUGGGAAGAGCUUCCCACAAAGCGCUGGUGCUGGAUGAUGUCAUGUGGAUCGUGGGCGGCUACGUGUUCGACCACUCCAUCGACCAGAUGGUUAUGGCGUAUAACCUGGUCUCCCGCGAGUGGCUGAAGCUGAACAGCUCUGUCAACUCUGUCGUCAUCCGCUACGGACACUCCCUGGCUUUAUACAAGGACAAGAUGUACAUGUAUGGCGGCAAGAUAGACUUCACAGGGGACGUAUCCAACGAGCUGUGGGUUUUCCAUGUUCAGAACGAGUCCUGGGUCCAGCUCCUUCCGAAUGCCAAAGAGCAGUAUGCUGUGGUGGGGCACUCGGCUCACAUCGUCACUCUGAAGGACGGCAGUACGGUCAUGCUGGUGUUUUUUGGCCAUUGCCCCCUCUAUGGCUAUAUUAGCAGCAUCCAGAGCUAUAACUUGGGUACUAAUGUUUGGGACGUCGUUGAGACUCAGGGGGCACUAGUCCAGGGGGGAUACGGCCACAGCACCGCUUAUGAUGAAAACACCCGAUCCAUCUAUAUCCACGGUGGAUACAAAGCUUUCACCGCAAACAAAAAUCGCCUAGCGGACGACCUGUACAAGUAUGAGGUGGACACUCACAUGUGGAGAAUCCUAAAAGACAGCAAGUUUUUCCGCUUCCUGCACACGGCUGUGAUCGUCAGCGGCACCAUGCUGGUGUUCGGAGGGAACACCCACAACGACACGUCCAUGAGCUACGGAGCCAAGUGCUUCUCUAAGGACUUCAUGGCGUAUGACAUAGCUUGCGAUACCUGGCACCAGCUGCCAUUUCCCACUCUGGGCUAUGAUGUCAAUCGCUUCGGUCACACCGCCGUCCUGAAAAACGGCACAAUGUUUGUAUUUGGCGGCUUCAACAGCCUCCUGCUCGGCGACAUCCUGAUAUACACCUCCAAGAGCUGCGAGGCGUUUACAUCGCACGCGUCAUGUGUGGAGGCCGGACCUGGAGUCCGGUGUGUCUGGGACAGCGAAGCCUCUCAGUGCUUGUCCUGGGAAAGGGCUACAGCAAAGCAGCAAAAUGAGACCAUCCUUACAUGUCCUGUAGUCAUGUCUUUGGAGGGCGACAGCCGGUGCGAUCAGUACACGGACUGCUUCAGCUGCUCGGCUAACUCCAAUGGCUGCCGGUGGUGUAACGACCAGUGUAUAUCCCUCCUCCAGAACUGCAGCCAGGGAGCGGUGACAUCAUAUGAGAACUGUCCCAAGAGUAACUACGGGUUUUACUGCAGCAAGAAGACGAGCUGUAAGAGCUGCGCCGUGGACCAGAACUGCCAGUGGGAAUCUCGGAACCAGGAGUGUAUGGGGCUGCCAGAAAACAUCUGUGGGGCCACCUGGCAUCUGGUGGAAAGCUCCUGCCUGAAAAUCACCAGCACCAAGGACAACUAUGACUUCUCCAAGCAGGCGUGCCGGCAGCACAACGCGAUGCUGGCGUCCCUCACCACCCCCAAGAAGGUGGAGUUCGUGGUGAAGCAGCUGCAGAACAUGCAGACAAAGAGCGAGCUCACCCCUUGGGUCGGCCUCCGAAAGAUAAACAUUUCUUACUGGUGCUGGGAGGACAUGUCGCCCUUCACCAACACCACGCUGCAGUGGCAAGCAGGGGAGCCCAGCGGUGUCGGCUUCUGCGGCUACCUGGCCGAACCUUCCACAGCGGGCCUAAAGACGGCAACCUGUAUCCACCAGAUAAAUGGCAGCGUCUGUGAAAGACCAGCCAAUCACAGUGCCAAGCAGUGCCGCACCCCGUGUGCCUCCAGGACGCAGUGUUCGGAGUGUACCAGCGCCAGCUCCGAGUGCAUGUGGUGCAGUAACAUGAAGCAGUGUGUGGACUCCAACGCCUAUGUGGCCUCCUUCCCAUUCGGGCAGUGUAUGGAGUGGUAUACCAUGAGCAACUGUCCACCUGAGAACUGCUCCGGAUAUCGUACGUGUGCCCAGUGUCUGGAGCAGCCCGGCUGCGGCUGGUGUACGGACCCCAGUAACACAGGGAAGGGGCAGUGUAUGGAGGCCUCAUAUCAGGGGCCAAUGAAACUGCCAAACGCUUCAGCGGGUGCAAAGGCAAACUCUGAGCCGAUCCUGGAUGUCACCCUGUGCCCUGCCAAUAACAGCUACAACUGGUCCUUCAUCCAUUGUCCAGCCUGCCAGUGUAACGGACACAGCAAGUGCAUCAAUGAAAGUAUCUGCGAGAAGUGCCAAGACCUGACCACCGGCAAGAACUGCGACACCUGCAUCUCCGGCUACUACGGGGACCCCACCAACGGGGGAUCCUGUCAGCCCUGCAAAUGUAACGGACACGCAUCCAUGUGCAACACGAACAGCGGCAAGUGCUUCUGUACCACCAAGGGGAUCAAAGGAGAAGAGUGUCAGCUGUGCGAAGUCGAAAAUCGCUAUCAAGGAAACCCACUGAAAGGAACGUGUUACUACACCUUGCUGAUUGACUAUCAGUUCACCUUCAGCCUGUCCCAGGAGGACGACCGAUACUACACGGCCAUCAACUUUGUGGCCACUCCUGAGGAGCAAAAUAGAGACCUGGACAUGUUCAUCAAUGCAUCUAAGAACUUCAACCUGAAUAUAACGUGGGCACCAAGCUUUGCAGCCGGCACCCAGGCGGGAGAGGAGAUCCCCAUCAUCUCCAGGACCAACGUCAAGGAAUGUAAAGACACUUUCUCCAAUGAGAAGUUUGACUUCCACAACAAUCCAAACAUCACCUUCUUCGUCUACGUCAGCAACUUCACCUGGCCCAUAAAGAUACAGAUCGCCUUCUCUCAGCACAGUAACUUUAUGGACUUGGUACAGUUCUUUGUCACGUUCUUCAGUUGUUUCCUCUCCUUGCUCCUGGUGGCCGCUGUCGUUUGGAAAAUUAAACAAAGUUGUUGGGCUUCAAGGAGAAGAGAGCAACUCAUCCGGGAGAUGCAGCAGAUGGCGAGCCGACCCUUCGCCUCCGUCAACGUCGCCCUGGAAACAGACGAGGAGCCGCCGGAUCUGAUCGGCGGGAGCGUGAAGACUGUACCGAAGCCGAUCGCCUUGGAGCCAUGUUGUGGUAACAAAGCAGCGGUCCUCUCAAUAUUUGUGCGGCUGCCACGCGGUUUAGGGGGCAUUCCACCUCCAGGACAGUCUGGUCUGGCCGUGGCCAGCGCAUUAGUGGACAUCUCACAACAGAUGCCGUUAGGGUACAAAGAGAAAUCGGGAGCAGCGCGAAACCGAAAGCACCAGCCGCCGGCACAACCCAGCACCUGCAUUUGACGCUGGACUUGCACAGUUUAGGAGACGUGAACACUGACGCUGGAGGAAUCGCGGUUUUACCACGGAGGCACUCAGCAGGGGCUCCCCCGUUCCUGCGGGAUCUCCCGGCCUCCUCACACAUCUGCAUGGUUCUGUUCACUUUUCCCGGUGGAUUUCUUUCUACAGACGUUCGUUUUCUUCUUUUUUUUUUAUUUUUUUUAUUUUUUUCUCUCCAAGUUUCGCCAUGAGAACUGGAAGACAAAGCAGUAAAAAUCUUAAGUUAUUUUCACUACAAUGAGACUUGAUGUAGCCCACGCUCAGGGUCCGGGUCCAUCAUUUCCAGAAGAA